UGUGUGUGUGUGUGUGUGUUAGGAGUGGGGUAGAUGAUCACAGUGGGGGUGGCUUCAGGUAACACGGCGGGAUUUACCCUUUCUUCCCUUCACUUCAGCAGCCAUGUGGACGGAGGAGGAGCAGAAACAACGCUCAGUAGAAAACGACUCCCUCGCGCACUGAACACAACUCCGUACCGAUUCUAUUUUUGUCCCGACGACUCCUUUUUUUCCUUUUACUGGUGUGUUUCGUUUUUAACCCAGGAUCGCGCUGAAAUCUUGGCGUCAGAGCCAAACUUUGGUUAAUCUCCACCUAAGAAGACUUCUUUGCUUACACCGAGGGGGGGAUUUAAAGGACUUUAAAUAGCUGUUCCUGGGAGAGUUAUUUCUGAGCAGCCAUGGAGAGAUGUAGAGGACCCUCCCCGACCUACAGACACACGCACCCCUUCGUUCACGAAGUGAAACUGAGCACGGCGCAAAAAAUACGGAGUAUCAUACUGGGAUGUGUCCUCUUCCCUAUUCGCAUCACUCUUGCCAUCCUGUUCUUCCUGCUCAUGUGGCCUGUUGCUCGGCUCCGGCUAGCCGGUCUGUCUGAGGAGGAGAGGGCGAAACCUGUCCGAGGCUGGAGAAAAUGGUUUUUCCAUCCCAUCAUGGUCUUCCUGAGUCGAUCUGUGUUCUUCUCCAUGGGCUUCUUCUGGAUAAAGGUGAAAGGUCGGCAGGCUACGCAGAAAGAGGCACCGGUGUUGGCUGUGGCACCCCACAGUGGCUUUCUGGACAUGCUGGUACUCAGCCUAGCGGGAUUGCCGACAGUGGUGUCACGCUCUGAGAACACCAACCUGCCAGUGAUUGGGGCACUUUUGGAGUAUAACCAGGCCGUGUUGGUUAGUCGGAAGGAUCCUGAGUCAAGGAAGAAGUGUGUGACUCAAAUCAAAGAAAGACUCACUUCCAAUGGUUACUGGCCUCAGAUGCUAAUGUUCCCGGAAGGAACCACUACAAACGGUCGAGUCCUUAUCAAAUUCAAGCCUGGUGCUUUCUUGGCAGGUGUUCCAGUUCAGCCGGUGUUGCUUCACUACCCUAAUAAAACAGACACUGUGCGCUGGACUUGGAAAGGUGCAUCAUGGCUCGAUUGUCUCUGGUACACCGCGGCUCAGUUCCACAGCAACGUUACGGUGGAGUUUCUGCCUGUCUACACACCUUCCCAGGAGGAAAAGGAGAACCCUGACUUAUUUGCUGAUAACGUUCAGAAACUCAUGGCCAAAGCCCUGGGAGUUCCUGCUACAGACUACGUCAUGGAAGGCCUUUUUCCUGUUACAAAAUUAGGCGGCCUCUCUCUUCCUCUCGAGUGUCCUUCCAGAGAAACACUGAAAUUACUCAAAAUUCAAGGUUUUAGUAACGCUCAAGUGGAGACUUUGCUCAACACAAUGAUUGACAGAUGUCACUCAGGACAGGUCAAGAUCACUGUCGAUGAUUUGACUUCCUUUUUGGGACUCGCAGACAGACAGACGGCAGCACAAGUCUGUUCCUUUUACUCCAAGGGUGACACACUGGAUCUGAGGCAGCUAUGUUUGAGCUUAUGUACGGCUGCAGGACUCCGGACGCCCGAGUCUCUUCUUCACACUGCAUUCCCGCUGUAUGACAGUAACGGUGAUGGUUUGCUAAGUUCAGAGGACCUGUCUGGCCUCAUGGCAGCGCUGGUGGGAGUUGCUCAAUACAACAUUACAGAGAUGUACUCUGAGUUGACCAAUAGAGGACAACCAACUGAGGGGUUCAAUAUGAUGUCGGUCCACCCUUGGCAGCUAUAACAGCUUCAACUCUUCUGGGAAGGCUGUCCACAAGGUUUAGGAGUGUGUUUAUGGGAAUUUUUGACCAUUCUUCCAGAAGCGCAUUUGUGAGGUCACACACUGAUGUUGGACGAGAAGGCCUGGCUCUCAGUCUCCGCUCUAAUUCAUCCCAAAGGUGUUCUAUCGGGUUGAGGUCAGGACUCUGUGCAGGCCAGUCAAGUUCAUCCACACCAGACUCUGUCAUCCAUGUCUUUAUGGACCUUGCUUUGUGCACUGGUGCACAGUCAUGUUGGAAGAGGAAGGGGCCAGCUCCAAACUGUUCCCACAAAGUUAGGAGCAUGGAAUUGUCCAAAAUGUCUUGGUAUGCUGAAGCAUUCAGAGUUCCUUUCACUGGAACUAAGGGGCCAAGCCCAGCUCCUGAAAAACAACCCCACACCAUAAUCCCCCCUCCACCAAACUUUACACUUGGCACAAUGCAGUCAGACAAGUACCGUUCUCCUGGCAACCGCCAAACCCAGACUCGUCCAUCAGAUUGCCAGAUGGAGAAGCGCGAUUCGUCACUCCAGAGAACGUGUCUCCACUGCUCUAUAGUCCAGUGGCGGCGUGCUUUACACCACUGCAUCCGACGCUUUGCAUUGCACUUGGUGAUGUAUGGCUUGGAUGCAGCUGCUCGGCCAUGGAAACCCAUUCCAUGAAGCUCUCUGCGCACUGUUCUUGAGCUAAU